AUGGCCGUCGACGACAGGCCCGACCCCAUCUCCGAGAUGGCACCCAACGAAGCCAUCAAUGAAGCCCACAGCGCCGCGGCAACACACAAGCGCGUCAACGCGUGGCAACAGCCCGGUCCCGCGUGCCUGGACUUCCGCAGUGACACCAUGACGACGCCAACGGCCAGCAUGCUCGAGGCCAUCAUGUACACGACGCUCCAAGACGAUGUCAUGGUCGAAGACCCCACGACCAACAACCUAGAGUCCUACAUCGCGGAGCUGGCCGGCCACGAGGCCGCCCUGCUCGUCAUGUCCGGCACAAUGGGCAACCAAGUGGCCUUGCGCACGCAUCUCACGGCCCCGCCGCACUCUGUCCUCUGCGACAUCCGGUCGCACAUCUACAACUACGAGGCCGGCGGCGUGUCGUCGCUCUCCAGCGCCAUGAUCCUCCCCAUCCGGCCGCGCAACGGCCACCACCUGACGCUCGAGGACGUGAAAGAGCACGCGAUCGUCAGCUCGGACGUGCACGCGUGCCCAACCCGCGUCAUCAGCCUGGAAAACACCCUCGACGGGAUGAUCAUGCCACUGGCCGAGGUGCGGCGCAUCGCCGAGUUCGCCCGCGCCCACGACAUCAAGCUCCACCUGGACGGCGCGCGCAUCUGGGAGGCCGUCGCCGCCAACGCGGCCAGCCUGCCGGACUACUGCACCCUGUUCGACAGCGUGAGCAUGUGUUUCUCCAAAGGCCUGGGCGCGCCCAUCGGGAGCAUCAUCGUGGGCUCGAAGCCGUACAUCGCCCACGCGCGGCGCAUCCGCAAGAUGAUCGGCGGCGGAACGCGCCAGGCCGGCGUCAUCAGCGCGGCCGCCCGCGUCGCCGUCGACGAGGGGUUCGGGCACGGUCCCAACGGCGAGGGCGGCAAUCUGAGGGCGUCGCACGCGCGGGCGAGGAACGUAGCAGAGAUGUGGACCUCUAGGGGCGGCAAACUGGCCAACCCGACCGAGACGAAUAUGGUGUGGUUGGAUCUGGCGAGGGAAGGCAUUUCCGCCACCGAAUUCGCUCGACUGGCGGCCGAGGAGGGCUUGAAGGCCUUCAGUGGGCGGCUGGUCGUGCAUUAUCAGAUCACGGACGAGGCCGUGGAGAGGCUUGGGAGGGUCAUGGACGCGGUGUUGCGAAGAGGAAGGGAGAGGGAGACCGGAGUUGCGGAUGGGGAGACGACAGACGGGGUCAAUAACAGCAAUGGUAACGGCGAACGGUACGGGUCAAAGGAGAGCAAGUGA